AUGUCUGGACUCUCCUUUCCUCAAAAGUCGGAGGCUGUUUCGAACGUCGUGACAGCCAAAGAGUUGGAACUACUUGUUCAGGAUCAGGCUUUUAUUGAUGGAUGCUGGGUGAAAAAGGAGCAGACCUUCAAUGUAUAUGACCCAUCCACGGCACAGGUUCUCGGAACUGUAGCAGACUGUGAUUUGAAUGACAUUCAGUCGGCCAUCGAAAGUGCAAAUGUGGCCCAGAAGAACUUUUAUUCUUCAACUACCGCUGCGCAACGUGGAAAUCUACUGCGGAAAUGGCACGACUUGGUCAUGCAAAACGUUGAAGACCUCGGAAGAAUUCUCUGCCUAGAGAACGGCAAGACUAUCAAUGAGGCCAAAGGCGAAAUAGCCUAUGCGGCGAGCUUCAUUACUUGGUUUGCCGAAGAAGCAAUGCGCUCGUAUGGAGACACAAUCCCAUCAUCGACACCGAACACCAUUGUAAUGACCGAGAAAGAACCAGUUGGUGUCUGCGGUAUCAUUACUCCAUGGAACUUUCCAGCAGCCAUGAUCAGUCGCAAGGUUGCCCCAGCUCUGGCUGCUGGGUGUGCCGUGGUUAUCAAGCCACCAAGUGAGACACCGUUUACCUGUCUCGCUCUCACAAAGCUGGCUUUGAAGGCGGAAAUUCCUGGUAAGGUCAUCCAGGUUUGCCCGACAAAGAAUAGGCAGGUGGCCUCAGAGCUCGCGACGCACCCUCUCAUUCGCAAAAUCAGCUUCACUGGAUCUACCAAUGUGGGCAAGAAUCUCGCCAAGCUAGCAUCUGGCACCCUUAAGAAGAUCAGUCUCGAGCUAGGUGGUAAUGCUCCUUUUAUUGUCUUCAAUGAUGCCGAUGUCGACCUUGCUGUUGAAGGAGCCAUGAUGUCCAAAUUCCGAUGUUCGGGCCAGACUUGUGUGUGUGCCAACCGGCUCUAUGUCCAAAGAGGCAUUUUGGACGAGUUCACUCGGAGACUGGUACAGAAGGUCUCUGAACUUCGCCUGGGACCCGGGAUUGAAAACUCAUGCACUCAAGGCCCGCUGAUUAAUGCGGCCGCUGUUGACAAGGUUAAAAGUCAUAUCGAAGACGCUGUGUCCAAGGGUGCUUUCGUGGAAAUUGGUGGCUCAGCGCCAGAAGUACCUGGAUUUUUUAUGCAGCCUACCGUCCUCUCCGGCGUAACAGCGGAUAUGCUAGUUGCUCGAGACGAGACAUUUGGGCCUUUGGCUCCAAUCUUCGUCUUUGACACAGAGGAGGAAGUCCUAAACCUGGCUAACAGCACUGAAUUUGGCCUUGCUGGGUAUAUCUUUUCUGGCAACGUGGCGCGUGUUAUGCGUGUGGCACGAAAGCUUGAAAUUGGCAUGUGUGGUGUCAAUACGGGAAAGAUUAGUGCAGCUGAAUCGCCUUUCGGAGGCGUUAAAGAGAGUGGCUAUGGCCUAGAAGGAAGUAAAUAUGGAAUGGCUGAGUAUCAGACUAUCAAGACAAUUACUCUGGGGAACCUUCACAUGUAA